GUUUCUUUCGCACUUACCAGAAAACACCCUUUCACUCGCACUCAUUAUAGUGCGCAAUAGCGGACUGACGAAUCUGUCGAGACUACCUUAUACUGAUUCUACCAUGGUCCGUAUAAAACCAAAAGCUGGACUGCAUCGCCAACAGUUGGUUAAAGCUAAUCGCUAGGUGAACAAGUGAAGUUAAUUAACAACUUAAAAUACAAAAUGUGCGGACAAUUGAAAGCCCUAAGAGUGGCAAGCGUAGCUCUGGCAGUGGUGCUCCUCCUUCUGGCGGGGAGUAGGAGCAUCGAGGCGAAGCCCAUGGAUCUGUACGACGACGUGAGCGACUUCUUUGACGCCAUCUCUCUGGACGACGUGGCCAACACCGGACGCAAUACCCAUCCGGAGCAGUUCUGCCUGAUGCCGGCGCGCAAAGGUGUUUGCCGUGCUCUAAUUCCCCGAUGGCGCUACGAUCCGGAGCAGAAAAAGUGCGUCGAGUUCAAGUUCGGUGGCUGUGACGGCAACGAGAACAACUUCCCCAGCUACAAGGAAUGCAUGUCUACCUGUGAGGGCAUGUAGUGUCUCCUGGAUCCGGAUGAGAAUCGGUCCCACUCCGGCCGAUAAGUUGCCAAAGGCGUCUGCUUUUCCUUCGAGCUCUGCAACAAAGCAACAAAGCGAACCAAAAUCUUAUAAUAAUAGUAUACUCUAAAACUCACGCACAUCAGAAUCCAUGCGAUUAACAGUCUCUUCUACCUAAUAUUUAUGUAGUUUCUGUCAUUGAUCCAUUUAUUUUAUACUUAUUUUUGGGUGUUCAACACCUGAUACCCGUUUAGAGCUUAAGUUGUUGUGAUAAAAUAUUUUUAUUGAAUAAAGAUUUUUUUAUAACGCCAAC